CAAGCGGCGCAUAUCAAAAUUGCAAACAGUCAAUUGUAUGAGGAUCUGCCUGGUCAGUGGAUUCCCUAUCAUUAUGGGCCUCUCGACCCGCGUCUGGGGGCUGCAUCGAAGCUGGGACAAUGCGAGACUUGCGGAAAAUGGCUUGCUGAUUGUAUUGGGCAUUUUGGAUACAUUGAUCUCGCAUUUCCUAUAUUUCAUGUUGGUUUUUUCAAAUUGACGAUACAGCUGCUUCAGUGCAUUUGUAAGAGUUGCUCUGGAUUACUACUACGAGGCGAUCAGAGAGCUAAUUACCUACGAUUGGCUUCCAACCCUAACCUGGAUUAUUUGGGAAGGAAAGCUCUUCAUAAAAAUAUCGUGGCGAUAUGUAAAAAGACAAAUCCGUGUCCCAAAUGUGGUCGUCAUAAUGGUACGGUCAGAAAGGCGCCAGGGGCAAUCUUGAAGAUUACUUACGCGUUCAAUAUAAAUGAGGAAAAUGCUCAAGAUUAUGCUACAGCCAUAAAAGCCAACUCCGAACUAUCAAAACUUUUGUCCAAAACAAAGUACACUCUUUUGAAUCCUCUAAAAGUUCAGAAAUUGUUCAAUAACAUCGCAGAAGAGGACAUCCCCAUUUUAAUGGUUCAUUCUUCUGGAAAUGAACAUCCUACCGACCUAUUGCUUACGAGAUUACCCGUCCCUCCAGCAUGUAUACGUCCAUCGGUGAUAUCAAAACUUAAAUCUGGGACAACUGAAGAUGACCUUACAAUGAAACUAUCGGAGAUAAUUCUUAUCAAUAAUGUGCUACAGAAGUAUAAGAAAGAUGGUGCUCCCAUAAAAGCACUCACUGAAGCAUGGGAUCAGUUACAGAUACAUGUUGCCUUGUAUCUCAACAGCGAACUAUCCGGCCUUCCUCCUGAACAGCGGCCCAAAGAGGUUUUUGUCCCUGAGAUUUUUAGAAAUACUGAUUGUAGGUGA